AUGGGUAAAUCUUCUCCAACUCUCUCUCUCAUUCUCACCGUUACUAACCGUCUCUCUCUUCCCCCUCCAGGCCGCGACGUCAAGAAGCGCCUCUAUCUCAGCCGCCCCGACCCGGACAUCAUCACCACUCGUACCCACGUCACCCGCUACAUCCCCGAAUCUCCCUCCCCUCCUCCCGUCGAAUACAUCACCGUGCCCCGUCCUCCUCCCGCCAUCAUCCAGCUUCCCCCUCCGCCUCCUCCCACUCUCCCGCCCGCCCCCAUGCCCCCCCCUCCGACCUUCGUCCUGCCUCCCAUCCGCCGGCGCACGCCCGAGCCGGAAUUCAUCGAGGUCAUUGCCGUCAGCGAGGACGAAAAGGACGACAAGAAAAAGAAGAAGAAGAAGAAGGACAAGCACCACCGCUCCAAGAGCCGGUCCUCCAUCUCCAGCCACUCCCGCAGCCGCUCCCGCAGCCACCACCGCCACCGCGAAGACGAGCUGGAUCGCUACCACCACGACCACGACCACGACCGCGAACGCGACGUCGAGGAGUCGCGCGACAGAGAAGUCUACAUUGAGAGGGAGCGAUACAUCCCCUACCCUGUCCCCAUGGAGCCCGAGUACAAAACAUAUCGAUACGUGGACGCUCCGCGCAGCCCCGGGCGACGCCGUGCCUCGUCCCCCUCGCCCUCUUCUCCGCAGCGGUACAUCGAAGAAGAUAGAGAGCGCGAUUAUAUCCGCAUAAAGGAUCGCGAAUACCGAUACGAAUAA